GAUCCUGCUGUAUUUUGAACGCACCGUUUGAGCUUCACAAGUAGUUUGCGAGGGGAGCUGUAUCCUGCGGUGGUUGAAUUGCUUUUUGUUUUUUUAUAGGUGCAUAUAUAUCUAGGCAGUAAGUGAGAUUUCUAUAUGGCACAGAAGAGGCAGUGGCCGCACCUGCAGCCAGAAUAAAUACAUCCCAGCUGGUGGAUCUUAGAAGUAGCGCAAAAUUUGUCCAGUUGUUGCGGUUGAAGUGCCGAAAAGAUCACACUGGUCUAGCCAAUGGGGACGAGUGAUGAGUAGUUGGAAAGAGAGCUUUUUAUCGCAUCCAAAGAGAUGGUCUAUCACGCUAGCAGAUGCACGCGCAACUCCGUUUGUAAAAAGUAAAUCUAAGGUGUUAUUUUGCCUAGUGGGUGCAUGCGCGUGUUAAGUCCACCCAAAUGCAUAUGUGGUGUUCACAAAGGCACGGUAUUUGGGUGGCGCAGGUUGCGUUUGCCAGACCAUUUGCGGCAUGCUGAAGUCACCACCGAUUAUCUUAGAGUGGGUAGGCAAUGGGGAUAUUUUCUGGGAAGAGUUCAACUAGACUGCGUAUACCGAUUGUGUUAAUGUGUGGAGGAUUAGAAAGAGAGCCAGUUAAGUAAUCGUUCUGUUCCCUACUAGUCUGAAUACAAAUCGAACCUUCCAGAGGGCCGAUUGAAAGUUCUUGAAAUGAUGGCUCCCGAAAUCGUCACGCACGUGGAUAAGGCAUUAGCCACCACGGUGGUUGGUACGUCCAUUGCUGAAGGAGGUGUAGCCUGUAGUGACCAUGACAUUUUACUCCAUCAAACAUCACAUUCAGACUUGUACACAUUUUGUUUUACUUUGCACCCAUCCAAAGCCUAUAUAUACUGGACUGCAAUUUUGAACCGGGUUCGCCAUCUUGUCCGCGCGUUGCCGGCUGUUGCGUUCCUACGUGGUGUUACUCAUUGCUUCACCACUCUCUCCCAUUGUCCUCAAGCUAUAUUCACAUAGCUAUUGUACAUAGCUAUUUUCUCAAGACAUUCUUUAUAUCUUGCCGUCUUCUGUCUUACUGGGCUACGGUUUUCUUGUGUAGCAUUCGUCAAGCCGCUACAUAAUUGGUGACCCCAAUCGCAUUCCGGUGAGUUCGUUCCAUUUCUUUGGUUUUUCCACGCAAAUCAUGGCCUCAGUUUCUAAAAAGUGUGAGGACUCACAGUCUGUGCAAGCGGUAUCUCUGGUAGUUCCACCAUUUAUUGAAAAAGAUCCCGUUUUAUGGUUCAUGAUUUUAGAAGCUGAGUUUACUUCUAAGCAUGUCACUAGCGAUUCUGCAAAGUUUAACCACUUGCUCACACGCCUGCCAACUGAUAUUACUAUAGCGCUACGCGAUCUUAUUAUUACAUGUCGUUCUCCCGACCGUUAUACUUUGCUCAAGAACGCUGUAAUAAAGCGUGUUACUCCCUCCGAGAAGUCCCGCUUGCAUAAACCUUUUACUGGUCUACAACUAGGUUCUAGUAAGCCAUCCGCGCUAUUGCUAGAGAUGCGUGGUCUUCUUCAAGGACUGCAUAUGGACGAGUCGCUGCUUCGAGAGUUAUGGCUUCAGCGUUUGCCUGAAAACGUACAAGCUAUGCUAUCGCUUGCGAAAUCGCAGCCUUUGUCAGAAGUUGCAGAUAUUGCUGAUGAUAUGAUGGAUCGCUUCACCGGACCACCGUGUCCGUCGUCUAGUUCUCUUCGCUCACCUGACGUAGAUUUCACUGUUGACCCUUCGGUCCAAACCAUCGACACCACUACUCCACCUUCCACUGGUGAGCUCUUAACAGAGAUAGCCGCGCUACGGCAAGAAGUUCAAAGCUUAAAGUUACAUCGGCACCAACGGGAUUCUCCAUCCCGUUCCCCUAGCCCAUCUGGAAGACGAACACGACGCCCAAUUUGCCGUUAUCACGCACGUUUUGGAAGGUCCGCUAGAAAUUGUAUAAAACCAUGCUCAUUUCCCGUAACGAGAAAAAGGACAGGCCGACACGUUUUGGCGACGAACGCCGUCGGCCGAAGUCGUCCAAGUCGCCUAUUCAAAAUCGUUGAUAGGAACACCGGGAUCAUGUUCCUGGUUGAUACCGGGGCGGAAGUUAGCGUGAUCCCACCGGUUCCAGGCGACGCGACUAAGCC